CAAAUGGAAAUUGUUCUCAAGCUCCUAGUGCCUUCAAACAGAACCUUUACCAACUAGACCACUCAUCACCUCUUCUUCCACUCACAACACCUCCAAUGUUCAAAACCAAGUGAUGAAUGAUUCCAUUCCAUUUCCUCCAAAUCCCCAAUCUAUAACCCAACACUAACUUCACUCUUCACUCCCUAUUUUCAUUUCCAAUUUCCACUCUGAAUGUCACUUCAAUAAUCCAUCCUUCUUAGAUUCAACAUCUCACCACAAUGGACAUCCUCUUCGCGCAGAUCCAGGCGGAUCUCCGCUCCAACGACGCGCUCCGCCAAUCCAGCGCCCUGCUGCAAGCCCUGCAGCAGUCCGCGGCGGGGCGCGACAUCGCCGUCAUCGCCAAAACCGCCGUGGAAGAGAUCGUUGCAGCACCGGCCUCCACCGUCUGCAAGAAGCUCGCCUUCAACCUCAUCCGCUCCACGCGCCUCACCCCCGAUCUCUGGGACACCGUCUGCGGCGGCAUCCGCAACGACUUCCAUUUCCCCGACCCCGACGUCACCGCCGCCGCCGUCUCCAUCCUCGCCGCGAUCCCGUCCUACCGCCUUGCCAAGCUCAUCGCUGAUUGCAACAAGGAGAUCUCCGACUGCUUCGACUCCCCCAGCGACACUCUCCGAUUCUCCAUCACCGAAACCCUCGGCUCCGUUCUUGCUCGCGAUGACCUUGUCACGCUCUGCGAGAACAAUGUCAACCUUCUCGACCGCGUCUCCGCCUGGUGGACCCGCAUCGGCAACAACAUGCUUGACCGUUCCGAUAUCGUCGCGAAGGUCGCGUUCGAUUCCGUCGGGAGGCUCUUCCAGGAGUUCACCACCAAUCGGAUGAGCAGGCUCGCCGGAGAUAAGCUUGUGGACAGCGAGAAUUCCCUUGCUAUCCGGUCCAAUUGGGUUUCCUCCAUGGUUGAUCUCGUUUGGAGGAAGCGCAGCGCUCUAAUGGCGCGAUCGUUGGUCUUGCCCGUUGAGAGCUUCCGCGCCACGGUGUUUCCAGUCGUUUACUCCGUUAAGGCCGUCGCCUCCGGUAGCGUCGAGGUGAUUCGGAAGCUGUCCAAGGCUUCUGGUAAUGCUGCCGGGGGUAAUGAGGUUGAUUCCAAUGCGGAGAAGUUGGUGGGUGUUUCGGAUGUGGUUACUCACUUGGCACCCUUCUUGGUUUCGUCGUUGGAACCCGCGUUGAUUUAUGAGGUGGGGAUUAAUAUGCUUUAUCUGGCUGAUGUGCCUGGAGGGAAGCCUGAGUGGGCAUCACAAUCCAUCAUUGCCAUUCUCACUCUGUGGGAUAGGCAGGAAUUUACAUCUGCUAGAGAGAGUAUUGUUAGAGCUGUUGUUACCAAUCUUCAUCUCCUUGAUCUUAACAUGCAGGUAUCACUGUUCAAGAGGCUACUUUUAAUGGUGAGAAACUUGAGAGCAGAAUCAGAUCGCAUGCAUGCUUUAGCAUGUAUAUGUAGAACAGCUCUUUGUGUAGACCUAUUUGCCAAGGAAAGUGUCCGAAGAGGGCAGAAACCUCUUGCUGGAACUGAUAUUGCUUCCCUUUUUGAGGAUACCAGAGUGAAUGAUGAUCUUAAUAGCAUUACAAGUAAAAGCAUAUUUAGGGAGGAGUUAGUUGCAUCACUAGUGGAAAGUUGCUUUCAGCUGUCUUUGCCUUUGCCUGAACAAAAUAACACUGGCAUGGAGAGCAGGGUCAUUGGAGCUUUGGCAUAUGGAACUGGUUAUGGUGCCUUAAACUGGACUGAACCUGCUUUAGAAGUAGUGGAAGUUUGCCGGCCUUGCGUUAAAUGGGAUUGUGGUGGCCGCACCUAUGCGAUUGACUGCUACUUGAAGUUGCUUGUUAGGUUGUGCUACAUAUAUGAUACUAGGGGUGGUGUAAAAAGAGUCAAAGACGGAGCUUCUCAGGACCAAAUUUUGAAUGAGACUAGGCUGCAAAACUUGCAACGUGAACUUGUGAAGGACUUACGUGAGGUGAAUACACCAAGAAUAUUGGCCCGCCUUAUAUGGGCUAUUGCGGAGCACAUAGAUAUAGAAGGAUUGGAUCCACUCCUUGCAGAUGACCCGGAUGAUCCUCUUAAUGUCAUUAUAUCAAAUAUUCAUAAGGUUCUUUUCAAUAUUGAUUCAACUGCAGAAACAACAAAUAGAGUUCAGGAUGUACAGGCAGUUCUUAUAUCUGCUCAACGGUUGGGAUCGCGCCACCCUAGGGCUGGCCAGCUACUUACCAAAGAGCUUGAAGAGUUUAGGAGCAAUCCUUUGGCUGAUUCUGUCAGCAAGCAUCAAUGCCGUUUGAUAUUGCAAAGAAUCAAAUAUGCUUCAGCUCAUCAAGAUAGUAGGUGGGCAGGGGUUACAGCAGCAAGAGGGGAUUACCCAUUCAGCCACCACAAAUUAACUGUUCAGUUUUAUGAAGCAUCUGCUGCUCAGGAUAGAAAGUUGGAAGGAUUGGUUCACAAGGCUAUUUUAGAGCUAUGGAGACCUGACCCCAGUGAACUAACCCUUUUGCUGACACAAGGAGUUGAUUCUACUUUACUUAAAGUUCCUCCUACUGCAAUUACUUUAACUGGAAGCAGUGAUCCUUGCUAUGUUGAAGGUUACCAUUUAGCAGAUUCAGGAGAUGGGAGGAUCACUCUGCAUUUAAAGGUUUUAAACUUAACUGAGCUUGAAUUAAAUCGGGUAGAUGUGCGUGUGGGAUUAUCAGGCGCAUUAUAUUAUAUGGAUGGUUCUUCUCAAGCAGUGAGGCAGUUGCGUAGUCUUGGUUCACAGGAUCCAGUGCUAUGUAGUGUGACAGUUGGUGUUUCUCACUUUGAAAGAUGUGCCCUUUGGGUUCAAGUGUUGUAUUACCCAUUCUAUGGUAGUGGUGCUGUUGGCAACUAUGAAGGUGACUACGCUGAAGAGGAUCCUCAAAUCGUGAGACAGAAGAGAAGCUUAAGACCUGAAUUGGGUGAACCUGUGAUUUUGAGAUGUCAGCCUUAUAAAAUUCCAUUGACUGAGCUUCUUUUGCCACACCAAAUAUCACCGGUUGAGUUUUUUCGACUAUGGCCCAGUUUGCCAGCUGUUUUAGAAUACACUGGUGGAUAUACAUAUGAAGGAAGUGGCUUUAAGGCUACUGCAGCCCAACAGUAUGGCGCAUCUCCUUUCUUAAGUGGAUUGAAAUCAUUGUCUUCAAAGCCAUUUCACAAAGUCUGUUCACAUAUUAUUCGCACAGUGGCAGGAUUUCAGUUGUGUUAUGCUGCUAAAACUUGGCAUGGUGGCUUCUUGGGCUUGAUGAUUUUUGGUGCAAGUGAGGUGAGUAGAAACGUGGAUUUGGGUGAUGAGACGACAAGCAUGAUGUGCAAGUUCGUGGUACGAGCAUCCGACGCAUCUAUUACUAAGGAAAUUGGAUCAGAUCUUCAAGGCUGGUUGGAUGACCUAACUGAUGGUGGUGUCGAGUACAUGCCUGAAGAUGAAGUGAAAACAGCUGCUGCUGAGAGGCUUCGAAUAUCAAUGGAAAGGAUAGCCUUGUUGAAGGCAGCCCAACCGCGGCCCAAGACUCCGAAAUCCGAUGAUGAAGAUGAAGAGGAAGAUAAAGAUAAAGAAAAGAAGGAUGGGGAGGAAGAUGAGAAAAAGAAGGGACCUUCUACACUAUCAAAAUUAACUGCUGAGGAGGCUGAGCAUCAAGCUCUUCAAGCAGCAGUACUACAGGAGUGGCAUAUGCUCUGCAAGGAUAGAAGCACUGAAGUUAACUAAACUAUUCCUUUUUCUGAUUGAUUUUUUCCUCAAGGCUUUCUGAGAAACGUUUUGAGUAUAUUCUUUGUGCUCCUCAUUUCUUAUUUUGCAUAUACUAAUUAGGUAGAAACUGGAAUUUUAUUUGCCCGGGAAACAUUGAGUGUAUUCUUUGUAGUUGCCAUUUCCCACUUUUUUCUGGAAAGCGAUAUUUGUACAUGUACUGGUUAUUGAUCUGUUGUUUUAUGAGAAUUUGUUGGAAGGAAAAACAUAUAUCUAUUUCUAUCA